AUGGGGCUUCUGCCAAAGCGCAGUUGGCUGGGAGUCUUCAUAGCUCUGUACAUGCACCUUUGGCGUUCGCACCGCAAACUGGUGAAUGCCCCGCAGGAUCUGUCAUACGAAGAUUUGACACAGCCACUGCUUGAUGGGCAACAGCACCGCUUGGAAUUUGAGAGGCAUGGAGAAGCUCGACAGAUCAAUGCGCAUUCAACUCCACCCGGCUGGUCGGGCAAAACUGUAGUAUUAAUCCACGACGUUAAGAUGAGACUCCAGACCUGGUCCCCAGUGUGGGACUUGCUGAGAGAAGAUGGACAUCGAAUCAUCGCUGUGGACUUGCCAGGGCAUGGAGAGAGCAACUUGACCGCUGGAUCUUUGGUGCUUCCGUCGCUGACACGAGACAUUCAGCACAUCAUGGAUCACUUUGAAGUCAGCCAGGGAGUGUUGGUUGGCCAUGGUGUUGGUGGCUUUCUGGCGCUUCAGUACUUCGCUGAGUAUAGAAAGCGCGCGGCCGAGAGGCUGCCCUUCGGCUUCGUAUGUGUUGCAUGCACAGCAGGCAACUUGAAGCAAACCAUUGGGAAAGAACGCUUGCGACAAAUGGCAACGGCUUUUGCUGCAGUGCGACUUCCGGAGCUGUUGGCAUAUUUCGAAUUCUCUGGGGAGGCAUCAGUCUCCAGACGACUGGGCUCUAAUGCAUCGUACCCCGUGGUACGAGUGAUUUUAGAAGCAAAGAGGCAGGCCCAAAGUGACUGGGCCCUGCGGAAUCUUAGUGACAUGUUGUGGACCUUGGAUUUGCACCCUGCAAUUUCAAAUCUCGCGCUUCCCAGCGGUCUGCUUCUGAGUGACGCUGACGACAGAGUUCCACAACCAUUUGCUUUGAAAAUGGCCUUUGCUAGCACAGGAAAGCUCCACUACUUCAAGAUGCUGGAAGAGGAUGGGUAUUCCUUGCCAUUGACGCAUGCCAAAGAGGUGGCUGCAGUAGUGACAAGUGCUUUGAAAUUGUGA